GACUCUCUUUCCACUUCUUCGUUGUAGCAUUUCUCUUGUGUAUGUAUCGAUAUUGAUAUUGAUAUCGAUAUCUAUCUCUCAUUUUAUAACUCAUAAGGCUGGGGCCUAGUUGACCAAAAUGGGGAUCUUCUCUACGGACAAGACGAGAGUGUACAACUGGUACAUCUCGCUCGUUGCAGCAUCAUGCAUGGUGCUAUACGGAUAUGAUGCCUCUGUAUACAAUUCCGUUCAAGGCUCAAAGAACUGGGUAGCUUACUUUAACGAUCCGGAUACGGAAAAGAUUGGUGCUGUUAAUACUGCUUAUACUGUCGGUGCCAUUAUCGCUGGGUUCUUUCUCGGUGGUCCAGUAGCAGAUUGGCUUGGUAGAAGAUGGGGUAUGGCAAUUGGAUGCUUCGUGACUGUUGUCGCUACUUUCAUUCAAACAUUUUCUCCUCGAGGUCAACUUGGAUGUUUUAUUGCUGGUCGUGUGAUUAUUGGUCUUGGCCAAGGUGUAGCAUUGACGGCGGGACCUGUUUAUAUUGGUGAACUUGCACCACCUGAGAUUAGAGGAAAGAUUAUGGCCUUUUGGCAAAUGUUCUAUUCGGUCGGCUCAUUUAUUGCCUAUUGGAUUAACUUUGCCUGUCAAAAACAUGUUGAGAAGCUUGGGGAAUGGGACUGGAAAAUGGUUGUAAUCUUCCAAAUGCUCGUCCCCAUCAUAAUCCUCACCCUCCUCCCCUUCAUCCCCGAAAGUCCCCGUUGGUACAUCCAACACGGCGGGCGAGUUGACGAUGCCCGCGCCGCCCUCCGUCGCGUGCGUGCCACAGAACAAGAUGUCGAAGACGAAAUCCUCGUUAUCCGUGAAGCACUCGAGUUCGAGAAAGAAGCCAUUUCAUCCUCCUACUCUGCGCUUUGGAAAGAUCGCUCAGUCCGAAAGCGUUUGAUCCUAGCUUUCAUUUUGAACAUUGGCCAACAACUCACCGGACAAGGAACCUUGAACACAUACAGUACUGCGAUUUACAAGAAGGUUUUCCCCAAUGCCAGCACGAUUGCGUUGAUUAAUGCGUUGAAUGCUACUUUUGGAAUUCUCUUCACGCUGAAUGCUGUGUGGACUGUUGAUCGCUUUGGACGCAAAUUCCUUCUGAUUGUGGGCGCAUUUGGUAUGUCGACUUGUAUGUUGAUUGUCUCGCUCGUGGGGACCCUGACCCCGAAUGUUGGCGCCAAUGGAGAUUCAAAGUCGCAUCCUGUUGCCAUCUCGAUUGUGUUCCUGCUGUUCCUAUUUAUCUUGUUCUACAAACCUAGUUGGGGUGCUACAGUGUGGAUUUGGACCGCAGAGGUUUUCAGUAUGAAUGUUAGAGCUCAAGCGGUGGGUAUGUCAAGUCAGAUGCAGAAUGUGGCAAACUCGAUCUUCCAACAAUUUUUCCCAACCUUCUUGAAGAACGAAGGCUUCAAAACAUUCUACUUUUUCUUUGCCAUCAACAUCUUCCUCGCGCUGUUCGUCUGGUUUCUCGUCCCUGAAACGAAGAAAGUAUCGCUCGAAGAAAUCGACGUAUUAUUCGGUGGUUCCAACCACGUUGAGAAAGGUGGCAAUCUGCUGCACGUAAAUGAUGCGAAUCAUGCUUCAAUGGGCGUCGACACUGUGGUGACAGGAGGUGCGAUGGAGAUGAGAGGUGUGAGUAAGGAGAGAGGGGUGGGAGAGAUAAAGGAAGAGGAGAUUAGAGAGGCGAGAUAGGUUGGGUCAGUUGGAGAGGUUCUACAGGGAUUUAUGUACGUUGUGGGCUGUAAGAUGAGUGAAUAUAGGAGAGAUGGAUGAAAAAUUGGGAUCUGAGAUUUUGAUGAUUAAAGAUAAGGCUUAGGUUUGGGGGAUUAGCA